CAUCACUUUAAGCUCUAGUAGCACAGUCUUAUACAAAACAAGUGCUUGUUCACACCUGCCAUGCAAAGAAGUGUUAUUUCACUUCUGAAGUAAUGUUUUUAGAGAUAAUACAUUACAGAACAGUGUUCCAGUCCAAGUAUACAGUUGAAUUAUUAUACCAAGAACUAUAGUAAUUCAUAAACUACACAGAUAGUAACCUGGGAAUUUUAUUCUGGGCCCAAACUGCAGUGACUUUCUUCCUGUUUCCUCUCCUACACUCCCUCCUAUCCUCACCCACCCAGACUGCAAAAUACCUGGACAUGCAUAAAAAUAACACAAAACAGUUGUAAUUUCUCUUAAGUCUUGACUUUCCUUAACAGUUGCACUAUUAAUCUGAGGAGUCUUCUUGAAAAUAAUGAAGUAUAAUGUAAUAAAUAUCUGUAAGACAUAGGUAUUCAUCAACACUGGCUACCUGGAAGUCAUUGUGGACUAUGAGAAGGCAACUGAGCAAAAUAUUUCAAGGCUACUGGAAUAGACACAGACAUUUCACGAAACAGCUUCAAGCAAAUAUAGAAGGGUUUGGAAAUUUGUUUACACAGUUCACUUAAUGGUUUUGGGCCCUUUGACUUAUGAAGUCCUUAAUACAAAAACAGAUGCCUGCAUAGUAUCAAAAUCACAAAGCAAGUUUCUAUUAGGAUUAAAUGGAAAAGACUGCAGAUACCAAAACAUAUCAAAUCCAUGUAAAACGACAGAAAACUUUGACACAGUUUCUCAUAAUCUGGGAUACUAAUUAGUUGCAUUCUGGUUGUACAUCUGUCCAUAGGUGUCUUUUUACAGUUGUUGCAUAUACUCAAAAAGAGCUAGAUAGUCUCCCUAGUCUGAAACUUCCUCUAAUUACAUAUCCUAGAGUGUAAUUAACAUUUACCCAUAACAAUGAAUUAAGGUCUGCUUACACACUUAAUUCCUCCAAGUUUGUUUAAGAUCACAUAGAGGAGAGGAGACACAUCUGUCCUUUACUGAGAACUACUGCUGCCCCUAUCAAGAACUUCUCUCAUUCUUCAAACUUUUCAAGCAAUCAAAGAUAAACAAAAAGGGAGACAAACAUGGUCAGUUGUGAUACACAAGGAAGAGAAGUUCUAACCUGGCCAUUUUAUUAAUCUCUUCCUCACUAUUCUAGGGCACUCAUCUUAAGAUUUAGUAUUGUCGUGGUUUGAAGGGAAGUGAGUUUUUUUUUGGAAGUAGUGGUCAAACCAAUUAGUCUUUAGAUCUGAAUAUUGGCACCUUUGUUGGCCACUAAGAGGUGGACACGCCUCUGAGGACACGAGGGGUUAAAAGCCGGAUUUCCCAGCAGGACUCUCUCUUUCCUGCUCUGCUUUUGGAGAGGGAGCGUCUUCUCCUCUCCCCUGCCGGCCUGGCUAGGCCGGGUGGGGGAGGGGAGCAAGGUGGGCCUGGCUUAGCAAGAGAGAAGGUGCCGAGUUGGAGCUGCUUGUGAGAACUGCAGUGUCUGCGAUCGCCUGUGCCUGACCUUGGUGGUGGGAGAUAAAGCUUUUAACUCUUUCUAAGGCAGAAGAGAGUUAUCCCUGGACGCUGUAUUCUCAUAGUUGGUGGUUUUAGAAGAGAGAGGACAGCCUGGGACCGAGAGGGUAAUGUGAGAUGAAAAGAAGCCCCUUCGAUGGCCGGAAUGAAGAGGAGUGGCUUAUGAAGCUGGACUUUUCUUGCAUAAUAUAGCCAUAGACGGACCCUGGACCCUCCUGACUAUAAAUAAGACUGUGUUUGGGUGGAUGUAUUUGGCUCAAACCCAGAGACGUUCUGGCCUGCUUCGUGGAGCCCCCGGCCCCAGGGGUAAAUGGGGGGGACCUGAGUCCCAAAAUGAGAAGAUGGCUGGUUUUUGGUACUUGGCCAAAACAUCCUUAAAAAGAGCCCUGUUGCAGUGCAGGUCCAUGGACGGCAGUGAGAGUGCCGGACAUGGAAAGGAGGGUGUCACCCUGGCAGACCCUUCCAGGCAGUGCCGUGGGUGACGUGGGAACACGGGAUGGUGGACCUGUGUUUCCUGUGGGGGGAUGGUCUGUGGUGCGAGAGAGACUCCUCUCGUCCUGGAUGGAAUGUGGAUUGUCUGAAUUUUAAAGGAUGAUGGUUUGGAUUAGGAACCCAGGGUUGUUGAGGGAUUAAGCAAGUAGAUGAAGGUAAUGUGCCAGAGUCAACUGAGUGAGCAUGUAUGGAAUGGAAUUGGGGGGAGGAGAAGCAGUGUUUUGGGAGGUUUUCUCUUCUGCUUUUGGGUGGUUGGGUUUUUUUUUCUUUCCUUUUCUAUUGUCCAUUGUUAUGUAAUAUAAUAAAUUGUCUGUCUGUUUCAAGAAGUAGGCCUGCUCUGCUCUGUUCUUGACCACAUCUCACAGGAGUUCAUUAGGUAAAAUAUAUCCUCAUGGGUGCAUUGGCAUUUUGUCAAAUGUCAACCCAUGACAAGUAUAUAAACUAUGUUUCCACCACAACUGCCAGGACUCUGCAGCCAUAUUCCUAUUCCUCCUUUUUUUUUUUUCUUUUUUUUUUUCUUCUUCUUCUCCACAAACCUUUUAGUACCUCUUUAAGGAUAAAACUUCCCCUUUUAUCCAAGAUCAAAAUAAACUGACACCUUGGCUGCCAGAGGGGCUGUGAGUCUAUUCUUUCUCUGGGCCAAUACGAUGCCUGUAAAUACUUCAGAAGAGGAAAUAAGGCAAGCUCCUGGUUCCCUAGGAAAUCAUGAUUUUCCAGGAACUGGAAUUUCUUUGAAAGUGCUCUGAGAAUGCUUGAGAAAAGUUAUACAGAAAACCAGUUUAUUUAAAAAUUCAAGCAUUACUUUGCUUACUUAUCAUUCAAUGAUAAAAGUAAGAAGGAAAAAAUCUGAAUAUGGCAAAUAGAAUUACACAGCUAGGGAGCCACAAAGCAGUGAAGUGAAAUGCUUCUGGGUUCUGCUUUUCUGAUGGUGGUUGAGAGAACUUCUGGGAAGAUAACGAGUCUUAAAAACUUAAAAUAACAGAUUCUCAAUAUACCCUUACUACAUGGUUUCCCUGAAUCUCUUCAGUCACAACACCCACCCCUGUAUCUGUGUGUCAGUAUCUUACUGAAAGUAAGUUCUCGGGUUGAACUGUUGCCAUUUGAUUUAAAAUAAACUGUAUUUAGCUAAUAGAGAACCUUAGAGCUAACAUUAGUCGUAGUUAUGCUAAGGCUUGGUAGGCCGCAUAUAACCUGCAGAUGAACUAUCAUAGUGAAAUUUGUAGUGUAAGCAGUGUAGCUAAGGAAUAAUCACUUAUCUAAGGAAUGUACCUGUUGGCAAGAACCUAAAUGUCAAAGAGAUAAUAGUACCAGGCGAUAAAAUUAAGUAAGAUGUUGUACUGAUUAAGAAAUCAUGUAAAGAAACAUAUAAAAACCCUGUAAAAUUUCUGUAAGAUGGGGCUCUGAUCUUGGACGCUAGUCCACGGCUCCCAGGGCCCUCAAUAAAGCACCGCAUAAACAACUUUGGUUGUUUGUGUUUUCUUUGGAUCGGGCAACAGUUUUCUGGCGACCGCGGCAGGACUCCGAAGGCAGCUGGGGCGGUUCGCGUUUCGAUCCACUCCACGCCGGCACCGAGUGAUUCUCGGGGAGUCAUCGGCUCGUGCCCGACCCCUGCGCCUGGCGGACGACUGCGAAAGGGGAACCUUGCAGUGGAACCGACCCAUGCCACUGGAAAAUCCGGUGCAUGACAUUCAACCAGGAGACCAAGUGUACGUGAAAAAUUGGUCCACCCACCCCUUGAAGGAAGCAUGGGACGGCCCGCAUCAAGUGAUCCUGACAACCUACACGGCAGUAAAGGUCGAAGGAAUCGACUCAUGGAUCCAUUACACUCGGGUCAAGAAGGUCCCGGUGCAAUGGGGGGCACAGUUAGUCUCUCCCACGCGGAUGAUUUUCCACAAAAAGUAGCAUUUUUAAUUAUAUUGUUACUGGUGUUGACGAAACCCAUCCGUGUUAAUGGUUCUGAUUUUAUUGUAGUUGCAGUUACCGAACCAGUGGUCGGUGUCAUGGAAGGAAUGGAUGUGAACCUGACCUGUUUAAUAACAAAUAACCAGAAAACUGAAGCCCUGAAUGUGCGAGCAAUCUGGAAGAAAGGUGCUGAUUAUCCGGAAGCAAAUGCUACUACAGUUUGGGAUAAGGAUGCACAAAAAGGAAACACCACAUUACAGCUGAAGCGAGUCAGUCAAAAGGAUAUGGAAAGGUACAUGUGUAUUGUAAAAUCCCGGAAAAGCUUUGAUUAUAAACAAAUUACAUUGAGAAUAGUGCCCUGGAAGUUGUGGAAAGAUGCUCCAUCCCAGGAAUCUGUAGAGAUAGAUCCCCCUUGGGCUGGACAAGAUAUGUGGGAAGGACUUCCCUUGAAAAUAAGUUGCCCAUUCAUGUUGAAACAGGGAUGUAAUCAGACUGUGCAGGUCAAAUGGUGGAAAGAAAACAAGCCAAAGUCAUGGGAUAAGAUAGACCGAGGAAUUAGCUGGUGGGAGAAAUCUGGAAAAGGUAUAGGAUGGUUGAACAUUAGUAACCCUCAAAUUGGUCUUACUGAAGGAAAAUACUUGUGUUUAGUGAUAUGUGGAAUUGAGGCCGAUUAUGGAAUAAGAAUUGUAGAAGCUGGACAAGGAACCAGACCCCCUCACAUAGUACCCCCAACAGGAAAGAAGCGUAGAGAAGUAGCUGUACAUCAAAGUCAUGAACGGGAAAAUCUGAUAAUAGGGCUGAUUAGAGAUUUUGGGAUGGUGCAAAACGUAUCCCGAAUCACAGCAUGCCUGCCACUUCCACAAGCAGCAGGAGAACCAAUUCCAUGGGGAAUAAUUCCCAUUCCACUACCACAUGAGAUAGCAGAAAAUAUAUCUACUGUAUGUCACAUUGAAAGAAAAGAAAAAGAAAUAGUGACUGUCAAAAAGAAUGUCUGGAACGCAGCCUUGUAUGCUACCGAAGAUAUAGAAGUUAGAACAAAGCAACCUUACCAGGAAGUUAAGUGUGAAAAUGUAAGCCAGCAACAAGUUAUUUGGGAUAAUUGGAAGACUGUAUGGGGUCCGAGCUUGCUAGAACACUAUAGCUAUAUUGGAGCAGUGAGUUGGUGUAUACAAUGGACAGGAAGUAAAAAUAAAACCCUAUUAGAAGUCUACAAGAUGGAAACAUCUACAAGAGAAAUUAAAGAAGCUAGAGAAAAUUGGAAUUGCACUAAUGUCAUUACAUGUGAUACCCCUGAAAAUCAGAUCAAUCUAGCUCCUCUUAGAGUACUACUUAAGUGGGGAUGUGAAUGCAGGAGAUUCAAUCAUACAGUACUGGACAAAGUAAACUCACUCUGGAGUAAUGGAAUUAGGAGAGCUGUAAGCUGUAAGGACACUACAAUCAAAAGUCCAGGAAACUUAGUUUGGGUAAUGGGACAUGGACAAUGGACUACACAUAUUCCUAUAGAUGGGCCUGUGACACAAAUUACUCUAGGAAUCCCUACUCUUUGUCCCCUAUGGAAACAAUCAAGAUUAAAAUCCACCCGGAAGAAAAGAGAAGUAGAUGCAUUCACUGAGUUAGAAAAUGAAUGGCACAAACCUGAUGGCGGAGUUAAAUUUGGGUGGGCUUUAGAAUCACUAUUUGCACCUAUAGCCACCUAUAGGAAUAGAGAAAUGCUGUACAAAUUGCUAGGGCAGACUGAAAGAUUAGCAGCAGCCACUAAAAUGGAUUCAAGGAUAUAAAUUUGCAAUUACAAGCCACAUCCUGAAUGACUUUGCAGAACAGGAUGGCACUGGAUAUGCUCCUGCUAAAAGAGCAUGGUGUGUGUCAGUAUCUAAAAACAAGAAUUGAUCAUUGCUGCAUCCAUAUUCCAAACAUGACUAUUGAAGUAGAGAAAGAUAUCUCUCAAUUGGAAAUUGUUGAAUCUAAAACAAAAGACAUUGAAAAGGAAGCACAACAUAAUUGGAUCGGAGAAAUUUUUGAAUCUUUAGGGCUUCAGGUUUCUGGAUGGGUUUCGUCUGUAAUACAAUACAUUCUGUUAAUUUUAAUUCUGUUACUAACUGUUUGGCUAGCAUAUAAGUGUGUUCUAGGAGUCAUUGAAAAGGAGACAAAACGCACCAGAAGAGUAAUGAAAGCCUUGACAAGAACCAACGAGAUGCAACUGUCUCACUUGACUCCUCCGAAGUAUGAAGAUGUUAUCGGGCAAGAGAAUCCAGCAUUUGAAGACCCGAUAACAACUGAGAAUUGAGCAUCCUUGCAGAAGACUGAAGAAUGCUCAGAAGGGGGGGAAGUUGUUGCCAUUUGAUUUAAAAUAAACUGUAUUUAGCUAAUAGAGAACCUUAGAGCUAACAUUAGUCGUAGUUAUGCUAAGGCUUGGUAGGCCGCAUAUAACCUGCAGAUGAACUAUCAUAGUGAAAUUUGUAGUGUAAGCAGUGUAGCUAAGGAAUAAUCACUUAUCUAAGGAAUGUACCUGUUGGCAAGAACCUAAAUGUCAAAGAGAUAAUAGUACCAGGCGAUAAAAUUAAGUAAGAUGUUGUACUGAUUAAGAAAUCAUGUAAAGAAACAUAUAAAAACCCUGUAAAAUUUCUGUAAGAUGGGGCUCUGAUCUUGGACGCUAGUCCACGGCUCCCAGGGCCCUCAAUAAAGCACCGCAUAAACAACUUUGGUUGUUUGUGUUUUCUUCGGAUCGGGCAACA